UGAAUUAGCGACUGUCUUGUUUACCCGGUUUGUUUGUUUGUUUGUUGUUUUUUUUAAUUAAAAGGCAAAACGACCGUUUGUUUGGACCUACAGCGAGCUUUCAGUACAUAAAGAAGUCUCAAGAACCCAAGAGACAGGCAGAAUGGGGUUAUUUCUGUAUCUGAGUGUAUUUCGGAUGUUCCUGUGGGCUUCUGCACUGCACUCAGAGAUGCAGAUCAAGCCACUGAUUUAUGAUGAGCAGUUGCUGUGGGUGAGCAACGGAGCAGGUGAGGUGAACACGUAUCGUAUCCCUCUGCUGACAUUCACUUCUCGAGGCAGCCUGCUGGCCUUCACCGAGGCCAGGAAAGACUCGUCAGGUGACAUCGGAGCAAAGUUUAUCGCAAUGAAACGCUCCAUAAACAGAGGAGCAACAUGGUCUCCUACAUCCUUCAUAGUGGAUGAUGGCAUUCUGGUGGAUGGCUUGAACCUUGGCUCGGUCGUAGUUGAUGAGCAAACAAAGUCCGUGAUCCUCAUCUACUCUCUGUGCUUCCACCUAUACAAUUGCAGCCCCUCCAGCACCAUGUUAGUGGAGAGUCUGGAUGAUGGUUUGACCUGGAGCAGUCCUCGAAAUCUCUCUGUCCAGCUCGGGGUGAAGAGCUUUGCCCCUGGGCCGGGAUUCGGCAUUCAGAAACGCUUGAGUCCAGCAGCAGGCCGUUUGGUGGUGUGUGGUCACGGCACUAUCGAGGGCGACGGGGUUUUCUGUAUCCUGAGCGACGAUCACGGGCGCAAUUGGAGGUACGGAGGCUCACUGAAGAGCAUCCCUUAUAACCAGCCCAAACAGAGCCAGGACUUCAACCCUGAUGAGUGUCAGCCGGUGGAGCUGCAGGACGGCAGCAUCAUGAUCAACGUGCGGAACCAGAACAACUACCACUGCCGCUGCAGGAUGGUGGUGCGCAGCCUGGACGGAGGAGAGACUCUGCCCGUGGAGGAGCUGAAGUUCGACCACACGCUGGUGGAUCCCGUAGUGGCGGCUGGAGCUCUGCAGAAGGAGGACGUGCUGUUCUUCAGCAACCCGGCCAACUCCGAGAAGAGGGUGAACAUGACUCUCCGCUGGUCUUUCACUAACGGGACGACGUGGGAAAACGAGGCCAUGCAGAUCUGGGCCGGGCCGAGCGCGUACUCCUCCAUGACGUCUCUGGUCGGCAACGCCGUCGAAGAUAGGAAGUACAUCUACGUCAUCUACGAGAAGGGCCACCUAGAAUCCACCGAGUCGAUCUCCGUCGCCAAAAUCCACCUGUACGGCGGCAGGUAGAGCGAGAAGGCGGUGCGCUGCGGGAAAGAAAAAAGGAAACGGAAGUGAAACAUCGCACGAAAUUCAGGCGUGAUCUGAAUUUGCAGUAAAUUGCUGAGAUUGAUCUGCUUGCUGUUUGCCACACGUGAUCAAGGCAUGACUCAUUGUACACGGACAAAGAAAUAGAAAAAGUCCUGAGAUACCGCUUGAUCGAAUGUCUUCCAAAACUACAGACAAGAAUAUUUGAUUCGGAGCUACGGUAGUUUUACGGAUAUCCAUUUCAAGUGAUCGAUCGAUUUUGUUAUUCAUUACUUUUUGUACCGAAUGGUCACUUCUAUCGUUGGUUAUAUUACAUCGACACACGUUUCUGUACGAACUCGUGAACCACACGUUUCAUGUCACGUGACGAUCAUUAGCAUCCGAACUUUGCGGGAUUUGAACUCCGCGAAUGAGUUCAUCAACUCAGGUGUCUUUUGUCCUCUGGCUUUUUCUUUUGAGCUUUAUAGUUUUCUAUAAAACUCUUCAUACAGUACUGGACUUUGGGAAUGAUUGCAGUAUUACCGUAUAGUAUGACAAAAUGUGAAUGAAAACCAUUAUACCAUUAUAUUGCUCCAAUAAAUCUACGUGCCAUUCUA